UAAGUAAAGUCCUUUUUGUGGUCUCUAGACACUUGACAUCUCUUCUUGCUCCUUGGUCUUUGAGCGUUCCUUUUUUGAGGCCAUCUAAGUCUGACCCUCUUGAGUGACGUGCGCCCUUCUUUUUACAGUCCUCCACUCUCCGGGCCGUUCUGCAGCUCCUGGCGGUCCAGGGCGAAUAUGCUAAUUUGACCUUUCCACAUGACCAUGAUCCCGACCCCCGUUCACUCUUAAAAGAUCCACAACCCUGCAGCCCUUUAGUUUCUCAACCAUUAACACAGAAACCUCUAAACACUUCUGUAGAAUACAAAGCUUUAGGACACACCACCAGUGGCCAGUCAGGAGACUCAGGGUCACGUGAUAGACUUCUGACUGAUGUCGUUCCCACAGGUGCUAUAGCUCAGAAAGAAUGUUAUGUAGAACCGCUGAUGGCCAGUGGUUUAUCUGCCUUAGAAGAAUUAAGUUUGGGUCCUUCUGUUACAGUAAGAACAUCAGAAUUAGAAAAAACUUUUAUUCCAAUUAAAGAUGUUCCUCCAUCACCUGCCCUAAUUACAGCUAAUUGGCCUAUUAACCAAGUCCCCCAUGAAGCACAGUUAACCCCUGCAGUAGCUAACAGCAGCUCCGACGUAACCAGCACAGACCCCCUCACGUCCAAUUGUCCCCCACCACCCGGGAGCCUCCAGGGCCCUGAUAAUUCCUUCCCAGAGAUCACCCACAGCCUGGCUGAAGAGACUGCCUUACCAGAGCCACAGCUUGCUGGGGCAAGAGUGGUAUCUGCUAGGACCUAUGCUGACUUUACCCCUCAGGCCACCUUUGAUAUUAAGAAAUGUGACUUGCACAAGCUGGAGGAGGGCCCACCACUGCAGGCCACACUUACAAGAGAGGAGGGGCUUCAGUACUACCGCACAAUGCAGACAAUUAGACGCAUGGAGCUCAAAGCCGAUCAGCUCUACAAGCAGAAGAUUAUCAGAGGCUUCUGUCACCUUUAUGAUGGACAGGAAGCGUGUGCAGUGGGUAUUGAGGGAGGUAUUAAUCUAACAGAUCAUCUCAUCACAGCCUACCGUGCCCAUGGGUACACUCUCACUAGAGGCGGCACCGUUCGUGAGAUCAUGGCUGAGCUCACUGGUCGUCGAGGAGGUAUUGCCAAAGGAAAGGGAGGGUCUAUGCACAUGUACACUAAACAUUUUUAUGGAGGAAAUGGAAUUGUGGGAGCUCAGGUGCCACUUGGGGCAGGUGUAGCAUUGGCCUGCAAAUACCAGGGCAAUAAUGAGCUGUGUGUCUGUCUCUAUGGUGAUGGUGCUGCAAAUCAGGGUCAGAUCUUUGAGACGUAUAAUAUGGCAUCACUGUGGAAGCUGCCCUGCAUUUUCAUUUGCGAGAAUAACAAAUAUGGCAUGGGUACUUCUGUGGAGAGAGCAUCUGCUAGCACUGACUACUACAAGAGAGGCGAUUUCAUCCCUGGUCUGAGGGUGGAUGGCAUGGAUGUCCUUUGUGUGAGGGAGGCCACCAAAUUUGCUGCUGAACACUGCAGAUCAGGAAAGGGUCCAAUUCUGAUGGAGCUGCAGACCUAUCGUUACCAUGGACACAGUAUGAGUGACCCAGGAGUCAGUUACCGAACACGUGAGGAGAUCCAGGAGGUGCGCAGUAAGAGCGACCCCAUCUCAAUGCUGAAGGAUCGCAUGCUGAGCAACAACAUGGCCAGUGUGGAAGAGCUUAAGGAGAUUGAUGUUGAAGUAAGGAAGGAGAUUGAGGAUGGCGCUCAAUUUUCCACCACAGACCCCGAGCCUCCACUGGAUGAUCUUUGCAACCACAUCUUCUUCAAUGACCCACCUAUGGAAGUGCGUGGCACCAACCCCUGGACCAAACUCAAGUCCGUCAGCUAAAUCUCCUUCCUUAUCAUCCCAAGUCCCCUCCACUUCCUACUAGUUGACCCUCUCUUGAAGCGCACAGCAAAAAUUGUCACCUCCAAUAUGGCUAUAGGUUUCAUAGACGGUUGUUGGGAAACUCAGCCACAUUGAGACAAGUUGCCUCAUUUUACAUUUCAUCAUGAACUUGUUUUCUUGUUGUGUCCAUCAGUUACAAUACUGACCUUCACUAUACAUUUUAAAAGGUUUCAGUACUAAACAAAAAAUGCUAUAUUUUUUAAUCUCGCAUAGCAUCUCAGAAAUAGCAUGUAUUGUGAAUAAACAUGGUGGUAUUUGCCUUGUAAUUAUUGGUACUUUCCAAAUGUUUCAGUGCAACUAUUGCCUAUACCCAGUGCCCACGCAAUGACAGACCAUUAACCUAGUGUCCAUGCAUCAGAAACACGAGGUGUCAGUGAAAUGCAAGUCUUGCAGUCCUAACUUGACAAAAUAUUUUAAGGGAAAAUGUAUUAACAUGGUUAAAAUGUAAAUCUGUUAGAAGGCCAUACUACAAAAAUGUUUGUGUAAUAUUUGUGGGGUGUAAAAUGGGAUUUUUUUUUCUCUUCUGUCAUACCUGAACACUUCCAUUUAUAGGCUUUAAAGUGUUUAAAUACAAAAAGUAGAAUGGGAAAAGGUUAAUAAGUUCUUACAUUUGCUUUAACUCUCCUUAACUUCUAUUUAAAACAGGGUUUUUGUUGUCACAUAUUUAUUAUAAGAAAAAGCUUUUGUUACAAACAGCGUUACAUGGAGUAUAACUUCAAAUUUGGCGAUUCCAGUUUAUUAAUGGUUGUAUUAAUAUUAUGUUAAUUUAAAAUCACUCAGAAUUGGGAAAGUAAUAAUUAUUUCAAUAGAUGAUAGGAUGCUGUUGAGAAAUUGAAGGGGGCAUUAGGGACACAGGUUAAACAAUUAUGACGUGUUGACCAGGAUGAGGAGUCAAAAACAUCAGGCAAUGUAUCCAAUGUGGUUUUUAUACCAUGAAACUACAAAUAAAUAUUUCAAAUACCA